AUGACUGGUCCUAGUGGUCCGCAGUCUGCCCCCGAGAAUCUCUCCAAGUCAGCGAGGCGCCGUCGCGCGAAGCAACGGAAUCGCGCUUCGGCAACGCAAGCCAGCGGCGGCAUGGAUGUUGAGCAGGCAUGA